AAAUUAAUGCCAAAAUGUUUUCGCUUCGUGUGGCAGGGGUAAAACCCCGAAAAUUUAUGCCGAAAUGUCAAACGUAUUGUUUACAUCUGUGUUUUGGCCGCUAAAGUUGAUUUCCGAAUAAAUUUUGCAGUUUUUAAAGAUUUUGUUGCUGUUACAGCGAUUGUAGAUCUUCCUUCUCUUCGUUUCGCUACGUUAAAGAAAUGGAACUGCUUGUAAAUGAUUCUGAGUGGAUGAGGCAUUUCAUGGUCGUCGCUAAUUAUCUGCAUAACAGACGACGACAUGAGCAGAGGCGGCGACAACGAAGAUGGUGGAUGCGGCCAAUGUUCUUCCGUCGGGAAGAAGACGGCAACGUUCUGCUCCAAAACAUACUGGAAGAGCAGAUGAACGACACAAUUAUAAAAUUUCUCAGGAUGAGAAUGGAAGAUUUUUAUUUCCUGGAAUCGUUGGUCCUGCAUCGAAUACAACGCAUGAACACGAAUAUGAGGCAUCCGGUAACGGCUAGGGAAAGGUUGAUGAUAACGCUGCGCUUCUUAGCGACGGGGGAGUGCUACUCAAGUCUGCAGUUUUUGUUUCGGGUAUCCAGACAAGCUAUCGGGAAGAUCGUGCCUGAUGUAUGCGAGGCUUUAAUGGAAGCGCUGCAGGACUACGUAAAGCUACCAUCGACCAGACAAGAGUGGCUAGACAUUUCAAAACGCUUUAAACAACGUUGGGGCUUUCCUCAUGCAAUUGGCGCUAUCGAUGGCAAACAUAUUCCCAUCAUAGUGCCAAACAAUGCCGGUAACAUGUACUUUAACUAUAAGCACUUCAAUAGUAUAGUUAUGCUAGCAUUAGUUGAUGCUGACUACAAAUUCUUAUACGUAAACGUUGGAGGCCAGGUUAGCAUAUCAGACGGAGGAAUUUUUAGGAAUACACAACUUUAUCGCGAACUAGAAAAUAAGGCUUUGGAUAUUCCAGAGCCAGAACCCAUUACAGUUCCAUACCUGCAAAAAGUACCUUACUUUAUAUUGGGAGAUAAGGCAUUUGCAUUUACUGACUACUGCAUUCGACCCUAUGGAGGACAAAAUCUAAGAGCAAUUGAGCGACACUUUAACUAUCGCCACUCACGAGCUCGAAUGCCAGUAGAGGAUACCUUUGGUAUUUUCUCAAAUCGGUUUAAAAUUGCAAAAGGACCUAUUUAUGUGCCAACCGAUGUUGCGCAAAAGACCAUUAUUACCGCCGUAUAUGUACAUAAUUUUUUACGUGUAAGAAUUUCCCGACGAACAGCGACGACGCAAGACAUACAUUUCAAUAGAGAAGGAGAAAUGCCAUUACAAAGCUUAAUUCCAAUAACAAAUAGACCUUCCGAAAGGCUUGCGUCGAUUCGUAAUCACAUAGCGAAUCACCUGUUUUUCAAUGAUAUAUCUGGCAAUUCUCUUUAAGUUCCUUAAUGAUAUAUCUUUUAAUUAACUGACCCUACGCUUUUAAUUAUUUAUAUUAUAAAGUUAUAUAUUACUUACUGUAUCAGUUGUGUUGACGACGUCCAAAGACUCGGAGAGAAACGUCAUGGAUUGAUAGGCAAACCAGCGCGGUGUAUAAAUUUCGUCGCGUCCUACAAAUGAAUAUCGUGCUAUUUUAAGGAAUAUGCUGUAUAAGAUAAUACAUGUUCAGCACCUUACCUGACCCCGUUACUGUGCUUCUCUUCACUUUUGAUCUGUACACACGAAAGCUG